AUGCUGCGAUGGCGACACAUCCUCUCGCAGCCAGGCUCCCGGACGUUAUAUAAUGCCGCGCCUUCACAUGGCGUCACGAUCAACGAAGCGCUCAUCCAGCCAAAACCAACGCCGACGCCGAAGAAAGCCAGUGAGCUAGCCAACCGACGACCCUCCGGCCUACGCACGAAGAUACUAGAAGAAGUCCAACGAGGACUCUGUUCUCGCCACCUUCUCCGCGCCAUUCUUCGCGAAUGCACCUACCUGCCCGACAAAUGGGCGCGACAAUGGACAGCUCAACGUGCUAUUUCGCGCUUCCGAAGCUACGAGUUCAAGGCAUGGGAGCAUCGGAAGGAUGAGAGCUACGGCGAAAGGCUGAUGAAGAAGGAGAAGGAGGCACGGUCAUCUCUUGCGCUUCUACGGCGCGCGAACGAGGGCGAGCGGAAGUGCUUGCUCAGGGUGCUGUUUAUGGCUUAUGGACGGGUGGGGAAGCGGAGGCAUGAGUUGAUCGAGCCAUUGUUGAGGCAAAAUACUCCGUUUAUAAGCAUUGAAACCGAAGCCGAGGAUGGAGAGCAAUUGGACCGCCAGGACGAACUGACGGCUGAAUGGCAAGGCAAUGGGCUUGGUGAACCACCGCACGAACAGCAAGACGAACGACAACACGACAUUGCCGACAAGGGCAAGCAAUCCCGCACGCUCGAUCUCACGCCCCAAUUCACCGCGCUCGUCAUGUCACAGAUGAAGAACGCACCCCCGAAACUCGUACGUCCGAACCCACGUCACAUCCAGCCGGUCAUCCCAGAGCGCAACACCUGGCUCCGUCCGAUGCCACAGAAGCGCAUCAAGAACAUGAAGCAGAAACACUACGCCUACCUGCUCGACCGCAUCCAGCCGCCGUUGCCAUCGGAACAGUGGUUGCGUCUGCGAGGUCUUGCUCUCGGGUCGAUUCAUGCUGAGCCUGUUCCUGCUCGGCGAGGCAAUGCACGUGCAUCACCGGGGUUGGAUGAAGGUAACAGCGCGCUCGAAAUGGUGGUCCAGCGACCAAAGGUGCCGCUCACUGUGUUUGGUAGCAAGGACGGGCAUGCUCUUAUGCAACGUUUCUUGCGGAGAGUGUACACGGAAGUGUUCAGUCAGUGUCCGAUGAUGGAGCUGAAGGAGGGGAGUUCAGACGAGUGGGAGAUCACUUGGGGUGGCGAGAAGACAUUGGCGCAGUAUCAAGCACGGCUUCAUGGCAAAGGUCACACGACAGAUGCUUGA